CCUCCAGCCCUGUCAUUUCAGCUCUGACACCAAGGCGAGAGGCUAGGAGGUCUACAAACACCGUCUGGGUAGCUGGUGUGAGUACAGAGAGUACUGGGGGGGCUUAGCCCCCAAGGAAGAGGACCAGCCCUCCCCCAGCACCACCGUCAAGAUCCCAGGGGCUCCCUCUUUCCUCCACAGGCUGUGGACUGGCUUAGGGAAUUCCAAACGAUGACAGAAAAGGAGGUGCUGGAGUCCUCCUGCUUCCCAGCAGAGACUCGGCAAAGUGGGCUACAGCGGCUGAAGCAAUUAUUCAGGAAGGAGUCUACAGGGACAAAGGAGAUGGAGCUUCCCCCAGAGCCCCAGGCCAAUGGGGAGGCAGUGGGAGCUGGGGGUGGGCCCAUCUACUACAUCUAUGAGGAAGAGGAGGAAGAAGAGGAGGAGGAGCCACCCCCAGAACCUCCUAAGCUUGUUAAUGAUAAGCCCCACAAAUUCAAAGAUCAUUUCUUCAAGAAGCCCAAGUUCUGUGAUGUCUGUGCCCGGAUGAUUGUGCUCAACAACAAAUUUGGGCUUCGCUGUAAGAACUGCAAAACUAACAUCCACGAACACUGUCAGUCCUAUGUGGAGAUGCAGAGAUGCUUCGGCAAGAUCCCCCCUGGUUUCCGUCGGGCCUAUAGCUCCCCUCUCUACAGCAACCAGCAGUACGCUUGUGUCAAAGAUCUCUCUGCUGCCAAUCGCAAUGACCCUGUGUUUGAAACCCUUCGCACUGGGGUGAUCAUGGCAAACAAGGAACGGAAGAAGGGACAGGCAGAUAAAAAAAAUUCUCUAGCAGCCAUGAUGGAAGAGGAGCCAGAGUCUGCCAGACCACAGGAAGGCAAACCCCAGAAUGGAAACCCUGAUGGGGAUAAGAAAGCUGAAAAGAAGACACCUGAUGACAAACACAAGCAGCCUGGCUUCCAGCAGUCUCAUUACUUUGUGGCUCUCUAUCGAUUCAAAGCCCUGGAGAAGGACGAUCUGGAUUUCCCGCCUGGAGAGAAGAUCACAGUCAUUGAUGACUCCAAUGAGGAGUGGUGGCGGGGGAAAAUAGGGGAGAAGGUCGGAUUUUUCCCUCCAAACUUCAUCAUUCGGGUCCGGUCUGGAGAGCGUGUGCACCGCGUAACGAGAUCCUUCGUGGGGAACCGCGAGAUAGGGCAGAUCACUCUCAAGAAGGACCAGCCAGAGACAGAACGUGGCCUCCGUGGAUGGCUACACCAGGCUAACCACAACACAACUUGGAGAAACCAACUUGAAGAAACCACCCAGGACUAGAGUGGCUGGGGCAGCUUUAGUGCUGUUGGUCUACCUGUCCUCCUCCUCUUCCCACUAUACUGUGGAGGGAGACAGAACCAGGGCCCCCAAGACCUGCCAGCUCCUGGGUGGCUCUAGGGGUGUCAGGGAAGCAUUACAGAUGCCCUCAUUCUUUCCUGGCCCCUCCUGGUCCCACCUGUGAACACUCCCACCUGCACUUUGCUGGAGGUCUGUCUGCCUGUCCCAUGGUGAGUCCCUCCUCCCACUUCUGGAUCCCCCUCAAUCAGUCUCUGAGUCAGAGUCUGAGAGGCCUCUCCCUUGGACAAGCGCAAAGCCCAAAGCAUGAUGAUAUCCCAUGGGCGAGGGUCUGACCCCUUGGAGUGGAGAGUGGAUGAGGAGAAAUGCCCCUGUUCCCCAACAAUUCUCUUCCCAGCCGAGCCUGGAACUGCUGUAGGGAGAGAGACUGGGGGCGGGGUGAGUCUGAUGAAGCGGCCGG